CUUUUAAAAAAAAAAAACAGUUUCAUAUGGCUUCUGAAAAAACCAUUAGUUUCCAUGAAGAUGAAACAAUGAAACCCCUUUAUGUUGAACAAGGAACAGCAAAAAACAGAGGUAGAAGAAGCAAUGGAAAAGGUCCAAAGAAACCACCACAAAGAGGUUUAGGUGUGGAACAGUUAGAAAGAAUGAGAGCUCAAGAAACCUUGAAGAAAAUGGCUGAAGCUUCUGGUAUUGUUCAUCUUGAUCAUCAUCAUCAGUGUCACUUUGGUAAUAGCAACAACAGUGUUAAUCCUUUGAGGUAUAAUGCGCAAUAUUCAUCAAAUGGGUCAUUUCAUUUUCCUCAACAAAUGAUGAUGAAUGAAAACAACAACAACAACAACGUUUUUGGUGCUUUCAUUGGAAACAACAAAAAUCAUAAUGUUGGUGCUGGAUGGCUUGUUCCUAAUAUUAAUCAACACAACAACAAGCUUGAGACCUCUAAAAACCUCUCUUCAAUGUCAAAUAUCAAUUCUCAAUGUUUUGAUCUUUGCCUCAAGAAAACACGUUUGAACGAAGAGAAUGUAAUAAGAGGAACAAAUGCAACAAGAAGAGAAAUGCCUUUGGGGAUGUGGUCUAAUAUGAAUGAUUUUCUUGGAUUUGUGCCUCAACAUGUUUCCCCAAACUUUGUUGGAGAAAAUGGUGAUUUCUAUAACAAACUGGUCAGGCAUGAUGCUACUGUUGUUUCUGCUUAUCCAACUCAUCACAAUCUUGAUGAGGUUGUUGCGGUUCAUAGGAGGGGGAACUCAUCAGGGAGUGGCAGAGUUUUCAUGGAAUAUGAAUUUUUCCCAGGAAAAGAUGGCAGAGGCACUACUUCCAAGGAGCUAGAAUUUCCUACAAACACAAACACAAUAGUCUUUGGUGAACCUUCUUCUUCUAUCACUUUUACAGCCUAUGGAGGAGAUACUACUACAACUGCUUCUAAUUCUAUUGAUUUGUCUCUCAAGCUUUGA